AUGGGUAAAUGGAACUCCACAAGUGUUCCUGGCUUCAUUCUCAUGGGGCUGACGGACUCUGCAGAGACACAGCUGGUCCUCUCACUGCUCUUUCUCUUGAUUUACCUGAUCACAGUGCUGUGGAACACGGGGAUGAUACUGAUCAUUCGCCUGGAUCCCCAGCUUCACACCCCCAUGUACUUUUUUCUCACUCACCUGUCAUUUCUCGACCUCAGCUACUCAAGUGUCGUCACCCCUAAAACCAUAGAGAACUUACUGACUUCCACCAAGAGCAUCUCCUUCCUGGGCUGCUUCACCCAGAUGUUCUUUUUUAUUCUCUGUGGUGGUACUGAGUGUUUUCUUCUCUCAUCCAUGGCCUUUGAUCGCUAUGUAGCUAUCUGUAGCCCCCUGCACUAUCCAGUCAUUAUGUACACAGGACUGUGCCGUGCCCUAGUAACUGGAUCCUAUAUGUUUGGGUUUAUAGACUCCUCUGUCAAUGCAGUUUGUAUGAGCAGACUGCACUUCUGCAACUCUAAUGUCAUCCAUCACUUUUUCUGUGACACAUCCCCAGUUUUAGCCUUGUCUUGCAGUGGUAUAUAUGACCUUGAAAUCACAAUAUUCAUUUUUGCUGGCUCCACCCUAGUGCUGUCCCUUCUCACCAUAUCUGGAUCCUAUGUGUCCAUUCUGUCCACUAUCCUGAAAAUUAAUUCCACUGUUGGAAAGAAAAAAGCCUUCUCCACCUGUGCCUCCCAUCUCCUGGGAGUCACCGUUUUUUAUGGCACUAUGAUCUUUACCCAUUUAAAACCUAAGACAUCCUACUCCUUGGGAAGGGAUCAGGUGGCUUCUGUGUUUUACACGAUUGUGAUCCCCAUGCUGAACCCUCUCAUUUACAGUCUCAGAAACCAAGAGGUGAAAAGCGCUGUUGUUAGAGUCCUGGAGAAGAGCAAGGACUCAAGGUAG